AAAGAUGUGCAGACCAUGACCAGUAUACUGUAUUUAAGUGUACACAAUGACACAACAUGGGCAGCAAAUGCAGCUGUAUUUGGUCCAAGCCAUUUUUUCUUAGUCUCUUUAAUGUGUGGAUGGAUUUAUUUCAGUGUUUGGCACAGUUACUUUAGAAAUGUUUAUUAAUUUUUUUUAUUUGUCUCUGCUGACUCUGUUAUCAUGGUGCCAAAACCACCAGGAGCUGUUGAUUUUCACUUUUUAUUUCACUUAAUAAUAAAGCGUGCAAAACCAUUCAGUAUAAUUCCAAUCACCAUUAUUAACUUGUCUUCAAAGAAUAUAAAGCUAUUCACAGUAUUGAAAGAUGUCCUUAGUAAUGAUGAACCCAUAAAAAAAAUUAUCACCAGACAGUUUUAUUAAGCUCUGCUGAGUGUUUUAUCAUCUUGCAGCUAAUUAUUUUGUGUUUACAGCCCACAGCUUAAUUGCUGUAGUUUGCUGUUGCAACAGCAGGCAUCAAGUGCACUCUACCUGCAGAAGUACAGAAUGGCAUAACUGCAUAAGGUUACUUUCUAAUCUGUUAACAUUAAGGAAUGUGAACACUGCCAUGCCGGUUUUUCUGUAUGUGAAGAUGCAGCCUGGCAUCUGACUGCUGAGAAAAUAAAGGUAGCACACCAUGUUCCUUCCUGCUCUGUGGUUUUAUUGAUCUGCACAUACUGCAUAGCAUUUGGAUCCCACAUUAGUUUUACUGCACCUAUCCAACAUAUUUUUGUGUUGUAAAGCUGUAUGUGAUUUUAUCUUCAUUCAUUCACCUAAUUUUCUUUCCUAACUGCACCCUGUUUAAUGAAAUCAGACUUCCAUCAUACAAGAUUACAAGAUCACUGGCCACAAUAAAACCAAGACAUGUCUUAACCACCAGAAUACAAAGAUGCCUCAUCUGUUCUGAGAUUUAAAUAAUUGGACUUGGAAUGAUAACUUGCAUAAUAUUGUGUAUAAUAAGUUAUUACAAGGAAAGACAAACACAUUGCAUAUUUGCAAAGUCGGUCUUCAUGUCGAAAGGAAAGACAGAUGGUAAAUCUGCUCCAAACACCUGGGAGAACUUCCCAGUUCUGUAAAUUUAGAUUAUCUCUGUUUUAUCUUUUUAUGCAAUCCCAGACAGACUCAAUGAUGUUGACAUAAGGGCUCUGGGGGCCAAACCGUCUUCUGCAUGACUCCUUGUUCUUUAUGUCCAUGAAGAAGCCUGAAUGGUGCUGAGUUUUAUAUAUAGGCUUAUAUAUUAACGCACCGUGCCCCCAUGUACCAGUAAACUACCCGAAAGAGCUGGCUACACGCCGUUCCUGCGGUAAGUACAGUAAUGUAAGGGGGUUGUUGAUGAUAUUUCGCUCCGCCCCUGCACCUCUUGAUAGGCUCAUCUGUCAUGACGUCGCCCCAGCCCUCACUCCACUGGCCAAUGCGUACAAAGCCAUUUUUUGUACCUUAAUCCACUGUAUUCAGAUCUGUGCCUUUGUGCAUCAUCACGUUGCGACCUUAAUGGCCUCACAGCAGACUUAACAUUUUGUGUUGGUACGGGAACAGGACAGUCCUCUUCACACUCAUAGCUCGGCUCCAAAUGUGUUCUGGACUGGCCGGUGUAGCAGUGGAGAUGCUGAGCGGUGCUACCUGCAGGGCUAGGCCGAGGCUCUGCAGCCUCUUCCUGCCCCCAGUCACCAAAACAGCGCCGCCGAUGUCAAGCACGGAGAGUCGGAGAUUUCAGUCCACGUCCUCGAUGCAAGGAUUUUCAGAGUUGGCUAGAGAGCGGUCGAAGGCUGUUACGACGUUUUACAACCAGUCUGCAAUUGACGCUUCCGCAGAAAAGGCCUCUAUGCGACUGACCUUAGCGACCCUGCUUUAUUCUGGGAAGUCUCCCGAUGGACAGCACAUCUUGAGCAGUGCCAAGUACCUACACAAAGAGCUGCCUGUGCGAAUCGCCCAUCGCAUCAAGGGCUUCCGUAGUUUGCCCUUCAUCAUUGGUUGCAAUCCCACCAUUCUGCAAGUGCACGAACUGUAUAUCAGAGCCUAUCAUAUGGUCAGUGACUUUCCCCAGAUCAAGGAUCAGGACGUGGAGGCUCGUUUCUGUAAGCUGGUGCAGCAGCUGCUGGACGACCACAAAGAUGUGGUCACCAUGCUGGCCCAGGGCUUCAAGGAGUGUCGCAGACACAUUGAGGAUGAGACAAUCAUCCGCAGCUUCCUGGAUACAACACUGUGCUCUCGACUGGGAAUCCGAAUGCUGGCCACGCACCACCUCGCCCUGCACGAAGAAAAUCCUGAUUUUGUUGGGAUCAUAUGCAGACGACUCUCCCCCAAAAAGAUCAUAGAGAAGUGGGUGGACUUUGCCAGACGUCUGUGUGAACACCAGUACGGUAACUCUCCCAGGGUGAGGAUCAAUGGACACGUAGCGGCUCGAUUCCCUUUCAUCCCUUUGCCGCUGGAUUACAUCCUGCCUGAGCUCCUCAAGAAUGCCAUGAGGGCCACUAUGGAAAGCCAUCUGGACACUCCAUACAAUGUGCCUGAUGUGAUUGUCACCAUUGCCAAUAACGACAUUGAUUUUGUCAUCAGGAUUUCAGACCGUGGUGGCGGCAUCCCUCACAACAUCAUAAACAAGGUGAUGGACUACCACUUCAGCACAGCUGAGGAGAGCGCACAGGACCCCCGCAUGAGUAACCUCUUCAACACCAUUACCAACAGUGGAAACCAGUCCAGCCCUAUGCAUGGGUUUGGCUUCGGCUUGCCCACAUCUAGGGCCUACGCUGAGUACCUGGGUGGCUCUCUGUCCAUACAGUCUAUGCAGGGCAUUGGCACCGACAUCUACCUGCGCCUGCGCCACAUUGACGGCAAAGGAGAGAGCUUCAGAGUGUAAAGCUCCCAAUAAGUCAUCCUAGGAAUUGGGCCAUGCAGGAGUGCGGAGAGUUUCUGUCAUGGACUAAUGGACUUUGGUCCACAAAGUGAUGACCUGUGCAUUAUGUUGUGAUAAUGCUCCUAAUUUCACCCACUAACAACUUGUUCGUUGUUUCUGUUUCACCCCAGACUAAUUAUAAGCUAUGUUAGCUGAUGAUUUCAGUUGUUUUCCUUUGUGUUUUGUACCCUGUGGCUUGUUGUCUUGAAGUUGUGAGGGAUCGUACGAGCUCUUUGAAUGUUUAGGUUAUUGGGACAAACUGCAUGAUUGUGAACAUUGAUGUUAAUGUGGAAGGAAGGAAAAGAAGUUAACUGUCACAUCACCUCAAAACAGGAACAGAUGUUUUGAUGGAUUUACAUUUGAAAUGAAAUGUUUGAGACACUCCAGCAACCCUGUCAACAUCUCCUCAAAAUGUGCAAUGAGUGACUUGCAGGUUCCAUGAUGAUCGGUGCAACCACAGUUUGAACAGCCAGAUGCUUCCAGCAUGUUAUCAGCUGUUGUAUCACAGUCCAAGGUCUACAAGGGAAAAUGGCUUAUGCUGGGGGCAGCAAUGCAGAGGUUUAACUUUAGUGGGCUCAUAUUAAAGCUUGGUAGCAUGCGCUGUAAACCUUAACCUUUGGCAACCCUUAGAAGAAACUGCCAAAACACCCGAAGCUCUUUUACAGAUGUCUGUUACGAGAACACACGAUGAGAUGAAUUGGCAGCAUUUCUGUGGAAGGAAGCUAGCCGGGAUGGUUGCUUGCUUUACUGUGUGAUGCUCAUCCUUCACCUGCAUGCUGACUUUAACUUUGUUUUCUCUUUGUUGCCUUUAUUGGUUCACACAGGUGCACACCUGUUGGUUGGUUUCAUUAGUUCAGAGGCUUUUGCACAUAUAGAUAGAUUUCCUCUUGUAACGCUUACCACUUACACUAAUCAUAGAUUUUGGCUUUAUUGUAGCAGAGUAACAAUUUACCAGAGAAGUAUUGUCUUUUUUUUCUGGUCUUAUUUGACUUAAAUUUUUUGUUUUUGUUUUUGUUUUUCCCAGAAAGUGCUCCAGUUGUAUUUCAAGCUGUCUUUGUGUUUUGAAUAAGUUUUGUAAAAGAUUAAAUGUCAGAAUAGGUCAGCAUCCUGCACUGCUAACUAUGGGAACUCAUCGGCUAAGGUUGCUAAUAAUUGUUUAGGUUUUUGCUCCAGAUUACAACUGAACUGUGCCAU